AACCACAGCCCCCUGCCUGUGUGCCUUGGCGCUGGCGGCGCGCGGUGCAGAUGGGUGAGGACGACGUGGAGUGGGACGUGCGGGCAACCCACCCGGACUCCCGAGAGGACUGCCCCUCCCCCAACAGCGCGUUACCCCGGCGCCCGCGUGGACGCCCGGCCAAGAAGAAGUCGAGCGAGCGCAAGCACCAGCAGCAGCAGCAGCAGCACCAGCAGCAGCAGCACCAGCAGCAGCCGCAGCAGCACCAGCAUCGUGGAGAGCCGGGUUCGGCCAAGGCACGCGGCUCGGGCUACGAGACCGGCCUUCGGCAGCGCCCGCCGCGACGCAUCCUCUACCAGGCCGGCGAGCCGUUCUACUACCGGCCGCGCAAGCAGGACCUGCUGUGGCUGCUCAAGAAGGAGAAGCAGCGCAAGCGGAAGUCGGACGGCGACGGGGGCCCCCCCGUGCUCUCCCGCCAGCCUCUGCUGCCCUCGCCCGUGCUUCUGCCCUCUCCGCCGCUGCCCCCGACGCCUCCCCCGGCCCCUCCCCCUCUGCCGCCGCCGCCGCCGCCGCCGCCCGAGCGCAAGGAGCCGCCGGCGCUGGAGGCCCCGAAACGCUCGGAGGCGGCGGAGCCUGAGAAGGAGGCGGCGCAGAGCGGGGCCUCUCCGGCGCCCGGGGCGGGAGACUCGAGCGGCUCCGGGCAGCGCGACGAGGGCGGCGACGUGGGGCCGGGCGAGCAGGCCGGCGCCGCGGCGGCGGCGGCGGCGGCGGCGGCCACCGCCAAGGAGCUGCAGCAGGAGUACCAGGAUGGCUACGGGUUCCGGAUCGGAGAGCUCGUGUGGGGGAAGAUCCGGGGCUUCUCGUGGUGGCCGGGCCGCGUCGUGUCCUGGGAGGAGGCCGAGCAGUACUACUGGUACUUCACGGAGGGCACGCGCUGGGUCAAGUGGUACGGCGACGGCAAGUUCUCACUGGUGCCUGUGGAAAAACUUUCCCUCUUCAGUAAGUUUGAAGAGAACUUCCACCAGCCAACGUACGCCAAGCAGCUCAUUUACCGCAAGGCCAUCUACGAGGCGCUGCAGGUCGCGAGCCGCCGGGCCGGCAAGCAGCUCCCGCAGCUGCCGGAGGGCGAUAUGGAUCACAACGAGGGCGACUUUGCGGCGCUGUUGGAGGAGCGCCUCAAGCCGCUGAUGGAGUGGGCGCUGGGCGGCUUCCCCCCGAAGGGGGCCAAGGGCCUGGAGCCGCCCUCGGGGGAGCCGUCGCCAACGCCGUGCGUCGGGCGGCAGAGCCACUGCCCGAUGCGUCUGCCCAUGGAGGGCCCCCCGCUGCUCAAGCGCAAGCUCGUGGACUCCUACGUGUACGUGGACCGCAAGCGCCCACUGCUGCCCAAGAAGGCCAAACCGCCGCCCAUCAAAGCCAAGCAGAUCAAGCUGGCCGGCCUGCGGGACCAACACAUUUACGAAGUCCGGCGGAAAAACAGAAACAUCGAAGAUGUGUGCAUCGCGUGCGGCAGCCUUGACGUGAUCACCCACCAUCCGCUGUUUGAGGGCGGAAUGUGCCAGCCGUGCAAGAGCACCUUCAUGGAGUGUGCCUUUCAAUACGACGACGACGGCUACCAAGCCUACUGCUCCGUCUGCUACGGCGGCGGCGAGGUGCUCAUGUGUGGCAACAGCAACUGUUGCAGGUGCUUCUGUGUCGAGUGCGUGGAGAUGCUGGUGAGCGUGGGCGCGGCCAAGUCGGCCAUCGCCGAGGAGCCGUGGAGUUGCUUCAUGUGCCGGCCCAAGGGGGCGCAUGGCAUGCUCAGGCGCCGCGACGACUGGGCCAGCAAGCUGCAGAACCUCUUUACCAACGCGCACAGCCAGGAAUACGUCAGUGGCAGCGCAAACCCCAUCCCAAAGAUUUACCCGCCAAUCCUCACCUCCCAGCGCAAGGCCAUCCGCGUCCUCUCCCUGUUCGACGGAAUCGCUACAGGUCUCCUGGUCCUCAAGGACCUGGGUAUCAAGCUGGAGCGCUACGUGGCGUCCGAGAUCUGCGAGGACUCAAUCGUGGUGGGCACCGUGCGGCACGAGGGCAAGAUUACCUACGUGGGCGACAUUCGCAACCUGACGCGCAAACACAUCCUGGAGUGGGGGCCAUUUGACCUGGUGAUCGGAGGCAGCCCGUGCAACGACCUGUCCAUCGUCAACCCUGCCAGGAAGGGUUUGUAUGAAGGCACGGGGCGAUUGUUCUUCGAGUUCUACCGCCUCCUGCAUGAGGCCAAGCCCAAGGAGGGGGAGGACCGUCCCUUCUUCUGGCUCUUUGAGAACGUGGCCGCCAUGGGCGUCAACGAUAAGCGUGACAUCUCGCGUUUCCUGGAGUGUAACCCUGUGAUGAUUGAUGCCAAGGAUGUGUCGGCAGCUCACCGCGCUCGCUAUUUUUGGGGGAACCUGCCGGGCAUGAACAGGCCACUGGGAUCGGACCUGUCUGAGCUGCAGGACUGCUUGGAGCACGGGCGAACUGCCAAGUUCAGCAAAGUGCGGACCAUCACCACAAAGUCCAACUCCAUCAAACAGGGCAAGGACCAGCUGCUGCCCGUCGUGAUGAACGGAAAGGAGGACGUUCUCUGGAGCACAGAAAUGGAGCGGAUAUUCGGCUUUCCAGUGCACUAUACGGAUGUCUCGAACAUGAGCCGGCUCGCCCGUCAGCGACUGCUGGGCCGCUCGUGGAGUGUGCCGGUCAUCCGCCACCUCUUCUCCCCGCUGAAGGACUACUUCUCCUGCGUUUAGGCCUCCGCCGCGCUGCGCCAGGGGCCGCCGCAAACACAAUCGCGCAAAGACGCAGCACACGAGCCUGCACUAAGAAAACGCCUAAAAGAGGCGCGCACGCUGCACCGGUAAUGGCCAGUGGUAUAGCGUUUAGGUGAAGAGGCAAAACUUAAGAUGAAAAAAAAAAACAAAACAAAAUUUUACUAAGUACAGUACUAUCAUGAUGAGGCCGGCCUACGCAAAGCUUAGGUGACCUUUGCUUGGGAUUGCGUGCAAGUCUGCGUGAAUGGUGCCGCAGUUAUAUAAAUUGUUUUACAUUGUUCUUAUUUGAGCUACACGGUAAAGAUGUUUUUCAUCGCUAGGCCAAGGUCCGAAUGAAUUUCGACCAGGCCUAUGCUGUCAAGUACUGCAUAGGAAGUUGCUGCUAGGCCUCUUCACAGGUGUCCUGAGGUGUUCCCGUCGAGGAAUCCCGAUUCUCAAGGUGCAGCACAUUUCCUCUUUUAAAUGUGUUGUAAUUUUAAUAGCUUAGAAAGAAUUUAAUACAAAGUCUCUACAGUACAGGGGAGCCUAUGUAAUCUUACAUUUUUUUCUGCUGGAUUUAAACUGAGUAACUGCUUCCUAUGAAAUAACAGGUCUGUUUUAAGAAACAAAACAAACGUUUUUUAUUUUUUAAUCAUUUUUUUAAACCGCUUAUUUAAUCGUGUGAAUACAAUUUUAAGUCGAAUGAAUUUAUAAUGAAAAUAUGAAGAAAGUUGGUUUAUUUGGCAAGAAAUGUAAGGUUUAAACAUAGAUCCACUGUACCUCUAUCGAGUACCAGCUGUUGACACCACUGUCCGAACCCUUCUUGCCAUCGGCAGUGUUGUCACGUAUUAUUACUUUACGUGUUCAUUUCAAAGGGUUUUUUUUUCUUCUUCUUCUUCUUUGUAAUUCAGCGUUGUGUUGUUCGCGUCCGUUACUCGAGGGUCUGUUCGCUUCGUCUGCCCCAGUAAACCCAGACAUUUCCCUGUGCAGCUUCCAGACACCUCAGUAACUACCCGCAGACAAUGUCCUCGCUCGGCCGGGCCACACUGGAGCAAGCACCGAUGGCGCAAGCAAAGCAACGUCCAGAGACAUGCUCAAACAAGCGGAACCUGAUUGGCAUUCUGUGUAAACUACCUGUCGCCUUUACCUGCAGUGUCGGGGUGUUUCUGGCCAACCGGGACAAAGGCCAUGUCUCAUCUCAGAUUGUAAACAAAUCCUAACUCUUGAAAUGCUUGUGGGCAUGGGACCUAUUGCGGGACCUAUUGUGACAUUUAAAUCAAAUUGCAUGAACGUGGGCUUAAGAAUCAUGGUUUUUCAAAAGUUAUGGACAUACACGAAUUGUAUUUUACAUAGGCACAACCGUAAAACGUAAUGGUAAAAUUAUUUAUUUUUAAUCCACAGUCGUUUUUAAACAUGCUUCAAGAGAGUUUUGGUGUUUGGCAUCGUUAUGUCCAUAUGAACCCAAUGCAGCAAAAAUCAAUUGUUGUACUCUUAAUUCUAUGCUCCCUGCCUUCACUAACCGGCACUGGACAGCGCGGUGAAGUAUAGUCGGAGCAACCUCCACAACUCACACGACGAGGGGAGGCCCUUAUCCAGCAGUAGAUUAACAAAGAUUAAUAAAAUCCGCACCUCCAAUUAGCACCGUUGGCUACGCACGGUGCGAAUGAAGUUCAUCGUGCAUCUAUACAAAGGGCUGUACCACCUACAUGUCCACAGAUUCUGCCGGCAACGACCCCUGCCUCCGAAACUCGGGCGUGGUGAGUUUCACACUUGAGCAGCCAAAGCAAAAGCUCUUCUUGAAGAAUGCGACCGGGUCGAGGGGAUUGUCCUGGGCAAUUUAAGGCAGCAUUGGGCUCAUUGUUGGCUGCGGGGCGAACAGACCGCGCGUAUGUCUUCUCAUUGGCUAGCGGCAGUGCAAUUUUCCACACUUUAAUGCCUGUUGUUGAAAAAAAACGAAAAAGUAAAAAAAAGGUGAAACUAAUACAAAGUUGAGGACUCCAAAACCAUCUGAGCCUUACUGUGGGUGAAGUUGAGCCUGUAUUGACACAGCUGACUUUCAGGUGGUUUUACACAGUAUUUCAGGUACAAAAUGCAGAGGACGUUAUAAUACACUCACCACAUAUGGGGGGCUGGAUUUAGAGAGGUUAUGAUGCUUUUGCGGGAGAAAAUGCUGGGGGAAAAACAUCCAAAUUGGCAAUCAGCCUUUGGGGUUGUUUUUUUUUGUCAGUGUUGUGAUUUUUGUUGUCUAUUUUUUGUACACUGCCACGGGGGAGAUUUUUUUCACUCUCCAGAGGAAAAAAACAAACCCCCCCCCCCCCCACCCGACAUUCAUAGAGCGUCACUUUACCGCAUCUCCAACGCACGGCCAGUAAUGAGGCGAUGAACUUCGAAACGAUGCCAGAAAGCUCGUGCGGAACGGGCAAUGUGCCGUAAUGUUUCGCUCACGUGUCUGCGGAAACUACGUCUACGAGACGCAAAAAAAACUAGUUGAUACAUUUCCUCGCGGAUUAGUGUUUUUUUGCGAAAGGCGCAAGCUAAAAUACAGAUUUGUGGAUAUUAGUUGGUAAAGGAAAGGCGGUAGAUACAAAAAAAACUAGUUUUUUUCCCUAUAUCUCAAUACCUUGUUUGAGUUACAGGUAUUAUUUACCGGUCUUAAAUUCAUAUUAUUCUUAGUCAGUUUAUUCUUCAAUGAUCAAUGUAAAAAAUAUAAUCCCGAUCCGCACAAACGUCCACGAGCAGAUCAAUGAAUUUUUAAUAAAUUACUAAAAAAAAUUCCAUAAAUUGCACAAUCAGAUAUUGUCCUGAAACAUAUUUAGAAAGUAUUGCACAAAUUAAAAUGUACACAAUUUCGUUGUUUUAACUUAUCACCUAAAACAGAUUUUGUGCGAUUAUUUUGAUAUUUAUAAAUACGAAUGCAGAAGUGCUUUUCAAGACGUAAAAAAUAGCAAAUUGUUACUAUCUUCUAUGCAAAAAAUCUAACUAAAGUUAUAUGGCAGUUGUUUCAAACUUGAUUGAUGUGGGCACAUUUUUAAAUUGUUUUAUAGGAUUCACGUGAAGUCUGAGGGUAACCUUCACAAACAUAAGCUUUUACUUACCUAUAAAAUGCAUUAUCUUUUAAAUAUCCUGAAUACACUUGAAUUCUACUUUUUAGCUGUAGGAAGGUAAAACCGAUCUUGAGCGAGUAUCUUUCUUGGUAGCAUGCAAACAGAAUACUGCCGCUCACCGCAACCUUCUUUUGCACGUGCAAGGAUUUGAAUGGACCCAAGCAGUUUGGUCAAACAAAAAAAUGCAAAAAUAAUGCAAACAAUCAAAACGUACCACAACCGGGUAAGUCAAUGGGUGAGAUUAUCUAAAUAUCCGCUAAAGUAUUUGGGAUCACAUAAACUUACUCGCCUGUCCGAUGAAAAUCUCGUAUAAUUACCCAGUGUGCCAUGUAACUCUCCAUGUACAAAAAAUAGGCAUCCGUGAGCAUUUUUUUUGGGGGGACUAUAUUUUCUUUGUGUUGCUAUAGCAGUUAAAAGGAGGGAUACGUUUAAUCGGAACGAAGAGUUAAUAGUAAAUAUAUUAUAAAAUAUGAUAAACGUGUAAUUUAUUGCCAGUCACAAAAAGGUGGCUUGGGCUUUUUGUUUCAUUAAUUUUUUUUAUAGUGUAACAAUAUAACUGCAACCAAUGAAGAUUUUUUUUAAUGCAGAUAUUAUACUUUUGCACUGUGUCAUUUACCCCAAUUAUUGGCCAAGUUGAACCUUCGCCAGGCAGAAGUUAGAGCAAAAUGCAUCAGGGGUCUCUCUAAAUCCAGUCCUAGCACAAUAUUAAAUACCUCUGUGAUGAUUUAUCUCUACAACCUUCAAAUCUACUGUACAUAUAUAUUGAAAAGGUGCUCUCAACAAGGAUGAUUGAAAACAUUAACUAUGAUAUCGCUCCGGUUUUGUUUUUCUCACCUCACACGAGUGGUGAUGUCGAUUUAAGAGAAAAGAAAUCACAAGGCGCACGAAUAAAAGCGUCCCGAUUCUGUUUUAUUUUCUGGACGUUAUUGGUAUCUUUUCUACAAAGAUGCAAUAAAUACGCUGUUUUCAGUAUUUGCGGACAGUUGCACAACAAAGAGAGAGAGAGAGAGAGCGUGAAGUCGUUUUGAUCGCGAUAACUAUAUACUGUACUAAAUGUCACCACUGAAGAUGCCUUCCCUAUGCCUUCAACUCUGCCUAGCUGAGGACAGUAUAUCAGAACAGAACAUCGCAGGCUGCUGCUCUCUGAGGUCACCAUAAGAUGCCACUCCGGGCUGUGGCAAAAUGUUUUUAGUCAUCCUGACCGCUUGCGUGAAAACGCAGAAAAAAGAGAAAUAAACUGUCACAAUAAUAAUAAUAUUCAAUUACGUAAUGAUUACAACAGAGGGGUUUCUUUUUUGUUAUUUGGUGUCAACAUCCACACGAGGCUGAUGUUUCACACUCCUGUCUGUUUUUGUUGUCGUUUUAAACCAGGGGGGGGGGAGAUGGUGCUUUACGUUUUUGUCCAUAUUUUUUUUUGUACGAUACACAAAGCCUUCUGGGCAUUUGUCAAAACAAAAAAAAAGCACGAAUCGCUCUCAAGUGGCAGCUCGGUUCGACGUUUUUUGGCGACGUGGUCACUCUAGGCGGUGAUUGCAGUGCCCUGUGUGCACGACACACGCACAACACACGCGUUCGCACGCACGCACGCAAAACAGAAGCCCCAAACGCAACACUGUAGGCACAUAAUUGUCGUACGUGUGUAUAUGCCGACCUGCCAAAAGCGUUUGGACUACCAUCCCAACAGCUAUAUCGGUCACAGUCUAAAUACCUUCGGUAGGCAAGUGUAUACACAUAGCGUCCUAAACACGGUGCUACUGAGUGCUAGGUCUAUGUUCAGUGGUCUAUGUUAUUGCAAGAAGCACGUUUACUGUGUAUUGCAAUGUGGUGCAAAACUGACAAUCCUGGCUACCAUAACAUGAGUUUACUCAACAGAAGCAAACAGCAGAGCAUGUAACAGCAAACACAGACUCAAUAACUGCACUCGUCUGUGGCAAACGGCGAACAAUUUGUCUCCGCAAGUGGCCGUGAGGUCGGAGGUGACAGUCUGAGACAAACAUUGGCACGCCAGCAAAGACCUGCUUAAGAGUCGCUCACUGAAUGAGGUCAAUAUGUUCGGGUACAGCAGUGACCAUGUUUUCCAGCAAACUCGUGAUUUUUUAUACAUCUUGGUGCUUUGCAACCUUCCUCUGCAAUAUGUGUUCCUCUUACUGUUAAACAGGAAACUUAUGGGACAGACUCAGCCAUGCCACACCCAGGGGCAGAGCCAACGUUUGGUGCUAAAACAAUUUUUCUACAAAAUAAAAAUUGCUGUAAUGUGUUUUAUUUAAUCUUUUUAUUUAACAAUACAAUUUUCUUUUCUUUUUUCCCUUAAGCAUUUUAUUUUUUAUUUUAUAUCUAUAUAUAUAAAAAGAAGAAACUGUAUUGUUAUUUUAGUGUGGUUGUGAACCAUGCAAAUGCUGGUGCUUAUACCUAGAAAGUAGCCUCAUGUGUACUUGCACAGGGAUGUCAUGUGUAUGCUCCCACGGAUAGGCUUUACAGAAUAAAUCAAGUGCAGUGUGUUGUAGUGGUAUAUUGACAUAGGAAGAGGCGCAUUUGUUUGCAUUUCUUGGUGCAUUGAAAGUACAAGUUGAUAUUUAAUUGUUUGAGAACAUAUGAUGGGGAGCCCACAUGAUGAAUCGCCACAUUUGUUUUAAAAGUAUAUCGAUUAAUAAAUGCAUUUAUUUCUUCACGCAACAUAUAUGGGUGACGCCAUGAAAGGUGUCAAACUCAUUUUCAUUAAGGUGAGUUGUUGUUUUUCGUAAGCAAGUUUUAAUGAUUUUUAUUUCAAUGCACAACUUAUAAUAUAAUUUUGAUGAAUAUUCUGUGAUUGUGAAGGAGGUAAACUUGAAAGUUAGCAAAGUAUAAUUUCUAGUUUGUAAAAGCAGCAGUUUGUAUGAACAAACUAGACAAUGAUACAACUCUUUGGGUUUUAGUUUUCGCCGAAUGUCAUUUCAACCUUUCUGAAGACAGUGUCACCAUAGUUUCCUUUUCAGUUACGAAUCGUGGGCUCCCUGUGAAUAUCACGUAACCUGAUGAACAUUCCUCGUCCCACUCUAUAAAACUGUACUGCAUCCUACUCAUAAAAUCCCUUGCUUGGAUGUAAUCUACAGUACGUAUUAGGAUAAACAAAAAUAAAUAAAUCCCGAGUAGUGGUGCGUGUGGUGAUCUGCGUUCCCCUGAAGGUUUCUUUGAGUGCUCCCUCGGUGUUUCGGUUGUGUUGUGCUCGCUUUGGUACCAUUGCAUCAUGAUAUGACACAUGUAUACAUAAUACAUGCAUACCUGCAUACAUAUAUUUAUGUGGGCAAGUUUCACAGUGAGCAGUUUCAAAGUGUCCCGAUGUGCUACAGACUUGAAUAAAUGUACCGUUCUUUUGUGUUAACUUAUCCACAAGUGUGGCUGCUUAUCUGCUUUUGUUUUUUUUUGCAUUUUUUUUCAUACGCACUUAAUAAUGUAAUAAACCAUUUUAAAUGCUC